AAGUGGGGUUGCAGUCUGGCAAACAGUAAAUGCCUAUGGAAUGAAUGGGUAACUAAUGGGCUCUGGUCUGCUUGUGCCAGGGCCCAUCAGAUGACUGGAGCUGCAGUCCAGACCUACCUCCUAGAGAAAACUCGCGUGGCCUGCCAGGCCUCCAAUGAGAGGAACUUCCACAUCUUCUACCAGAUCUGCAAAGGAGCCAGUGCAGAUGAGAGGCUCCGGUGGCACCUCCCCGAGGGAGCCGCCUUCUCCUGGCUGCCCAACCCAGAGAGGACCUUGGAAGAGGAUUGUUUUGAGGUGACCAGAGAGGCCAUGCUUCAUCUUGGCAUCGACACCCUCACCCAGAACAACAUCUUUAAGGUCAGAAGGAAAGCCAUGGCACUUACAUUUGACAGAGGUCACUGGAA